UAUGUCAGUCCACCACAAGGGUGGCUCUCUACUAAAGUGCAGAGCUGCUUGGGCUCAUUUACGGACUGAACUCAGCUCUCGGUGCAGUACUUUUGUGAUACUGAGCUGUUACUCAUUCACUGACCUGAACCUGGCACACAUUUGGAGUUUUAACAACAUUCUGGGUUGUGUGACUGAGAAUGAUGAACUGUCCAGCCUCCCUUGCUUUGGCAAUUCUGUUGACCAUUCAAGAUUCCCCAAAGAAUACAACAGUUUCAUUGUCAGAUCCUGGUGGGACAGUCAAGGGCAGAUCAAUGAUGCUGAACUGCAGCAGUGAUGCCAACCCACCAGUGGAGAACUACACCUGGUUUAAGCUGAAUGAGUCCACUGCAGUAGGAUCAGGACAGCAGUACAGCAUCACUAACAUCAGGUCUGUGGAUGGAGGACAGUACUACUGUGAGGCCAGGAAUAAAUAUGGAGCUGAAAACUCUACUGCUGUGUUCAUCAUAGUUGAAGGUGGCCAGAGCUCUGUCUACGCAGCUGUGACAAUCUCCAUCUGUGGAGCUGUGGGACUCUUCUGCUUGGUUUUCUUCGUGAGCAAGACUUGGAAGAAAGAAGCAACACGGACAAGGCAAGAACGGAGCAUGAACCCCAGCACCCAACCUGAUGCAGUUUAUCAGAACCUGAACCUCAACACCACCCAACCUGAUGCAGAUUACCAGAACCUGAACCUCAACACCACCCAACUUGAUGCAGUUUACCAGAGCCUGAACCCCAACAACACCCAACUUGAUGCAAUCACAUAUAAGGGCAUUCUCAGAUGUCAGAGUCAGGUUUCCCCUGUUCAACCAGAAGGGGAGCCUUCUCCCAUCUACAGCAGUGUGCAGGGCAGUCAGGAUCCCUCUGUGUCCAUGUUCAGCCCAGAGACCCUCCAAGGAACACAAAGACAUUUGCUGACAUUAGCCUUUGCCGAUGGUAAUGAGCCGCAAAACAUGGGUUUGCUGUUGUUGGUAAUAACCUCUCUGUCUGUGAUGAUCCUGGUCACAACUAAAGGUGUGUGUGGUCAGCAGUGGGGUGUCACUUACCAACCUGAGAGCAUCUGUGCUUUUGUGGGAGAUUCAGUGGACUUGUCCUGCUCUUACACCUACCCUAGUGCGCUGACCCUUAAAGAAACUUACUGGACAAAAGAGAACUAUUGGGAUUAUCGUGAUCUCUUUUCUGACAGAGACUAUAACUCCAGAAUCCGUGUUGAUUGCAGAAGAGCUGGGACAUGCCAGUUACGUAUAAACUCAUUAACUACAUCAGAUACUGGUCCGUAUAACUGCAGGAUUACAACACACACUGAAGGUGGAAAGUGGAUUGGAAAGCCAGGGGUCCAACUGUAUGUCAGAGAAGCCCAAGAUCCCCCACAGACUACAUCAGUGUCCAUCUGUCCCCCUGAUAAUAAUAUAGUGGAAGGAACACACGUGACUCUGACCUGUAUCAGCAGACCUGAUCUACAUGUACCAGUGCUGAGCUACAGCUGGUACAAGAGUGGUCAUCAUCUGACACAAGGAACAGAGAACACAUACAUCAUCCAUUCCUUCACAUAUAGACAAAGUGGAGCUUAUUACUGUUAUGUGAGUUACAGUAAUGGUGCCCCUGAGGGAUCAUCUAUAGUUAACCUGCAAGUUUACUAUGGUCCAAGGACUCCAGUGGUUGUGAUUGACCCUCCUGGGAAAAUAACUGAGGGAAGCAGAGUGACUCUGACCUGCAGCAGUGAUGCCAACCCACCAGUGGAGAGCUACACCUGGUUUAAGGUAAAUGAGUCCACUGCAGUAGGAUCAGGACAGCAGUACAGCAUCACUAACAUCAGCUCUGAGGAUGGAGGACAGUACUACUGUGAGGCCAGGAACAGACUUGGAUCACAUGUGUCUACUGCUGUAUCCAUCACAGCCAGGAACAAAUAUGGAGCUGAGAACUCAACUACUGUGUCCAUCACUGUUACAAGUUGGCAGAGCCCUCUCUCAACUGCUGUGAUAACAGUCUCUGUCUGUGGAGCUGUGGGACUCCUCUGUUUGGUUUUCUUAAUGAGCAAGAAAUGCAAGAAAAAUGCAACACAGACAAGGGAAGACCGGCCCUCCAACUUAAAGGCUCCCCCUGUUGGCCACACUGUUACACUGCAACCAGUGGCACUCAUGCAGAGAAGGAGAGAUCGUCCAGCACGGCAGCCCAAAGUCAAAGAGCACUUCUAG